UCAUUAAACGUCAAAGUGUUUUCACGCUUUGUGAGAACAGUAACGUUUUGUGACCUAAAACUAGUAAAUCCGAUUGUUGCGCUUGACCUGUAUUGUAUUGUAUUACUGCUCAAUCCUGACAUGACGUCCUCAAUGAUUUCAGUGUAUUCUCCCUCGACUCCGUUCGUAGGUUCGGUACCGGGUGGACUUCCACCUGGAAGCCUAAUUAGAACUACAGGAGUUGUCCACGAAGGAUUCUGUCAUAUCGAUCUUCAAACGGGAUCCGAACCAUAUCCAAACGUUGAUAUUGCCCUGCACAUUAGCAUUCGACCGAGUUGGAACCAGGUCGUAAGAAAUACGUUUCAAAAUCGUGCCUGGGGAACCGAAGAGACUGACGGGGGUUGUCCGAUUCGUUACGGGCAGCGGUUCGAACUGUUGGUACUGGUUUUGGCAAACAUGUUUAAAAUCGCAAUCAAUGGAGUCCAUUUUCGUGAUUACCACCAUCGAAUGUCGCUUUCUUCGGUUAAGUAUGUCUCGGUUAACCAACAGUGUCGGAUCAAUUCGGUUUCCACUGAAAUUGAAAAUUACUGUAUUCCUGCACCGCCGUAUCCUAGAAGUCUCCGAGAUGGCUAUCUUCCAGAUGUCAAGCAAAGGACGUCCGGAGGAAAUGCAAGUUUUGUUCCACAGCCGAUAUUGUCGCACUCACCAGGCACACCUACACCCGGUCUUCUCGUUGACCGAUCCAAUCUUUAUAAUAAUUCAUCUGCGCUUAUUGAUACAAUUUAGUGAAAUAUUUGCCGAAAAAAAUGGAAUAUGUUUCUAGUGUGCUCGCAUAGAAGGAUUUUAGUCUAAAACCUCCCACUAAAAAAACGAAGCGAAUUCUUGGUCAUCAAUUUUCUUUCAAUAGAUUACUUUGUUUGAAUUUGCUUUGAAAGGAAGACGAGGCGUGAAAGAAAAAGCGCAGAACAUGGGGUAAAGAAGUGUGAUUGAAGUAACGCUUGUUAUGUCUGUAUAACUCUCUCCUACCUAAUUUUUCGCUACUUUGCCUUCACGUCUUGCCUCACCUGAGAUACUAGAAAUACAUUUGUUUCAUUACUUUCUUCCAGCGUUCCCUUCGUCAAUUUAAAGAAAAACUACCGUUUUAAAAAAUGAUUUAACAAUAUAAAGAAAACUAAAAAUACACGAAACAACUACUGAAAUAAAACUAAAUAUUAUUUGAAACAA